GCGAUUCAGCAGCUGUCUCGUGGAAGAGGUAACUGCAUGGAAAGAUCGAGACGGAGUAAAGCCGAGAGCAAAUCAGAUGAACACGGGAGCGAGUAAGACAGCAAAGAGGCGGAGAGCAAGUCGGAGACAGAGGAUGUGAGACCGGAGAUCGCUGUGGUGGGAAUCUCCGUGACACUCGUGCUUGUGCUGGACCACGAGUGGGAGAAUCGUCACGGAUCAGACCCACCUGCUUCUGUUGGAGGUCGAAAAUUCUCGACACCAAUUGUCGGACCCUCUCUCGCCCAGGAUCUCGCCUGAAUUUCGAUGUGAGGACGGGUAGGAAUACUACGGUGCUUCGGUGUCGGAUUCCUCGAUCCCUGCAAGAACUUUUGCUCAUUGUACACACGGAAUUCUUAGAAGCCCUAAAUUCGGAGAUUGCUGAACUCUGCGAUUAGACCGCUAUCUCAAUCUCAUGAACUGUCAGCUCGUACCUCAAAAUUCGGCACGAGUUUUCAGACGGAGUGAAGUUCGGAGCCAUGGCUGCGGCAGGUGCAUUGCUGGGAACGGGUUCGGCUACGCGGUCAUUGUGAGGCGAGGCAAAUCUCAGUCCAGCCACAAUCCUUUCAGAGGUGGAAGAUUACAGUGGCGCAAGAAUCGUCGAAAGAAUGGAGCAGCGGUGGUCCGAUGGCAGGCGAGGAGCGGUGGGGAGCUGGACGAGAGGUCUUGGCCUGCGCUGGGAGUAUUUCACAAGACCGGAGAUGUGAUCGCCGAGAAGUACAAGAUAAUCAGCGUUCUGGGUCGAGGAGGGGUUUGCACGACCUAUGAAGCGGAAACCGAGGACGGGAGCAGCACGGUUGCUUUGAAGGCCAUAACCCUGAAGUUUAUGAAAGGGUGGAAAGAUCUCGAGCUCUUCGAAAGGGAAGCGAGGGUUCUGAAAUCCUUGAGACACCCGGGCAUUCCGGAGUACAUAGACUACUUCGAGGUGGACACAGAGACAGACAGAGCAUUCUACAUAGCGCAAAAAGUAGCCAAGGGUAGGUCGUUGGCGGAGGCUGUACAGAAUGGAUCGAGAAUGACGGAGGAGGAUGUCGUCCGCAUCGCAUUCGAGGUGUUGGAGGUGCUGAAGUACCUGGGGAAUUUGAGGCCUCCAGUUUUCCACAGGGACAUCAAGCCCGAGAACAUCAUCAUGGACGAGGAGACCGGGCAGGUCAAGGUGGUGGAUUUUGGUGCAGUGCAAGAUGCAGCUUCCAUGACGGUGAUGGGGAGUACUGUGGUCGGCACGUACGGCUAUAUGGCUCCCGAGCAAUUCCAGAACAGAGCGACAGCGCAAACUGAUCUCUACGGACUCGGGGGUACACUCCUCUACCUUCUGUCCGGUCAGUCCCCUUCGUCCUUUCCUCAGACUCGGCUGAAAGUUGACUUCGGUGCUGUCACAAUGAGCCCUGCCCUGCGAUCCGUAAUCGACAAACUUCUGGAGCCUGCUCCCGAAGACAGGUUUCAGUCAGCAGAGGAGGUAAUCGCCGCUCUCAAGGCCGUGAAGGAACCUCCGGCCUCUUUCCGAGUGGGCUCGAAUGCCUACAAGGUCGAGCAGCGAAGCGUGCAGAGGAUUUCGCAACCAGCUGGGACAAAGAUCGACCUGAUAAGGACCGAUGACAGCUUGCAAAUUGAAAUUCCUCCGGUGGGGCUCACUGCGGAGACUGUAGGAACAGGUACUUUUACAGUGGCCUGGAAUGCCUUCAUUGUUUUCUGGACAGCAACGGCGAUCAGAGGGGGAGCUGGUGUCAUGUCCUUGUUUUCCAUACCCUUCUGGGUUGUGGGUUUCGGACUUGCCAAGAGCACAUUGUCCAACCUCACGGUGAGCGUGAGUCUAGAAAUUGACCGAGAGGUUUUCUCUGUAGAAUGGAAAGUUGGAAGGUUUUGGAAGCACAGGGUUUCUGGUCAGGUCAGAGACAUCAACUCCGUGGAAUUGAUUUCGGAAGGUGCGUUGAACGGGAAGCCAAUAACGGCCUGCAGGCUGAACGAGGGUGUAAACCGUCACCUUUUCGGAUCGGGACUAGAGGAAAUUGAGAAAAGUUGGAUUCUUCAGGAGAUUAGUGACUUUCUGGACCUGCCCCCUCCUCAAGAAUUGCCUCCUCUCGUGCGGCAGAUCGAUCCCUCAAGAAAUCGUAUGGGAGGAAGAGUCUUCAGACGAACUAGUCGUUCUUGGGAUGAUUCCGGGUUCUGAACUGCAAGCUGAUCGUGUCCGGAUCAUAUUGUACAAUAUGUCUAUCAGAAGUAGGUUGUCAAUAUUUGUGCCACGAUCGUUGGUUGCAAAAUGUAACAUCUCCAUUCUUCCUGCUCACGAGAUCUGUACAUUCAUCUGACUAGGAAAAAAUAUCUUAAUCCUUCUGC